AUGACAGAGAGGAGUGUUAAAAGUGAUACCCGCUUCCUAUCAUUCAAUUCUAUCUUACCUCUCUUCUACAAGCCUCACUUUCAGGUCUCUAUUUAUCUGCAACAUCGUCUGGCUUUUUUCUCUGUGAUUCUUUCUUUCCUCCAUACACUUUUACUACUCCUCAACCUCCCACUUCCCUCUUUAAUGAUUCCUCUCUAUCUUUAUUUUUCUUCUUCAACAUUCUUUUACCAUUCUCCCCUUUCCUUUCCCACGCUUCUUAUCAUUCCACGCUUUCCUUUCUUUCUUCUACUACCCUCACUUUAUUACUCUUUAUGCUUUCCUUUAUUCAUUGUCCUCUAUCAUUCCUUAAUUCUGUUACUCUCUCAUUACGUUAUAUUCUUUCCUUUCUUUUGCUUUUUACCACCCUUCUUUAUCAUUCUUUUCUUUUUCCGUAAUCCUUUAACACACAUCUCUAUCCUUCUUCUUCUUCUUCUGCUAUCCUUUCUUCAUUUAUUCUUUAUCAUUUAUCAUGUGCUAAACCGCUUCCCAUUCCUCUGUACCCUUCUUUACUUCUUCCACACGUUUACCACUUCACCCUCUCUUUUUUUCUCCUACCCUCAGUUUAUCAUUAUUUUUUUUUUAUCUUUUUCUUUCUUACGCUUCGCAUUCAUCUCUUUUCUUUUCUCUUUUCCCACACGUUUACCAAUUCACUUUCUCCUUUCUCUCCUCCCUCCGCUACUCUCAGUUUAUUAUUUUUUUAUCUUUUACUCUCUCACUCUUCCCAUUUCUCUCUAUCCUUCUUUUCUUCUCCCACACUUUUUAACAACUCUUUCCUUCCUUCUACUACUCUCAGUUAUUACGCUUUUCGCUAUCCUUCGUUUCUUUGUGCAACCUACUCAUACCCCUCCUCUAUAUCAUUCAUUUCUCCUGCUACUUAUUUUAUUAUUAUUACUCUCUUAA